UCUCUCUCUCUCUCUCUCUCUCUCUCAGCCCCAACCCAAUUCCAAAUCAAACCGAUCCCGAGCAAAUGGAUUUGAAGAGAGAGAGGAAUCGACACCCCAAUUUAUCCUCUCGCCGGUGAUUUCUUAUACGUCGACCCAGAUCCCAGCUCCCUCCCUCUUUCCAAGGCAGGUCCCUGUAGUCGAGUCUCUCUCUCUCUUUCUCCUUGGGGCGGAAACGGUUGUUCCCGGCGGAUGUAAGAGAUGAGUAUCUCCGGGCCGUAAAGGAAAGAGACAUAAUUUGGGGCAUUUUGGGAUGGAAGAUCUCUCCAAGUACGCUCACAGCCCGGCCCACCUUGCUGUAUCGCGAAGAGACCAUGCAGGCCUCCGGCGGAUCGUCGCCGCGCUUCCCCGUCUCCCCAAGACCGGCGACGUUACCACGGAGCAGGAGUCCCUUGCCGGCGAGCUCACAGCUGAUGCCGUCUCUUCUGUUAUCGAUCGCCGGGACGUUCCCCAUCGGGAAACCCCCCUCCACCUCGCUGUCCGGCUCCGUGACCCCACCUCUGCCGAGAUCCUCAUGUCGGCUGGUGCUGAUUGGUCCCUUCAGAAUGAACAUGGAUGGUCGGCGCUCCAGGAGGCUGUUUGCAACCGGGAGGACGCAAUCGCGAUGAUCAUAGCGCGCCACUAUCAGCCCCUCGCUUGGGCUAAGUGGUGCCGCCGCCUCCCUCGCAUUGUUUCGUCAAUCACCCGGAUCCAGGAUUUCUACAUGGAGAUUACUUUCCACUUUGAGAGCUCGGUGAUCCCGUUCAUCAGCAGGAUUGCACCAUCUGAUACUUACAGAAUAUGGAAGCGGGGCCCAAACCUCAGAGCUGACAUGACCUUGGCGGGAUUUGAUGGCUUCCGAAUCCAACGUUCUGACCAGACAUUCCUCUUCCUUGGUCAGGGUGCCCAGGGUGACAAUGGGCAUCCAACGCUUCCUCCUGGGUCUCUAAUUGUGCUUUCUCAUAAGGAGAAAGAAAUCACAAAUGCACUCGAAGGAGCUGGAGCCAAGCCCACAGAAGCAGAGGUGGCUCACGAGGUUGCUUUGAUGUCUCAGACAAAUAUGUACAGGCCAGGGAUUGACGUUACACAAGCUGAGCUUGUCCCUCAUUUGAACUGGCGUCGACAGGAAAGGGCUGAAAUGGUUGGGAAUUGGAAAACCAAGGUCUAUGAUCUACUUAAUGUAAUGGUGAGUGUGAAGUCGAGAAGGGUUCCUGGUGCUAUGACUGAUGAGGAGUUAUUCACCAUUGAUAAUGACGAAAGAGUGGCCAAUGGUGGGGAUGUUGAUGGUGGACUUGAUGAUGUAUUGACACCUGAGGAAAGGAUGCAGUUAGAUUCAGCACUUAGGAUGAGUAACUCGCAGGGCAUAGAUGAAUAUGAGGGGAAUGGUGCAGCAUUUGAAGGUGUUGAAAACUCUGAAUCCAAUGGUGUUUCCAAGGAGAGAAAAAGCUGGUUUGGUUGGAGUGGUAAACGGACUUCCAAGAAUAGUGGAGGUGAGGAUACAGAUGACACAAAAAAUAAACACUUGAAGGCAUGCCCAGAGAAUGGACAUCAUAAGUCCGAAAUAACAAAGGAGACAGGGGAUACUAAGAAGGGAAAAGAAAAAGGCACUAAGAAAAGGAGUGGAAAUGAGUCCAACAAACAUGAGAGUGAAUUCAAAAAGGGUGUUAGACCAGUUCUGUGGUUGACCCCAGACUUCCCUUUGAAAACUGAUGAGCUUCUUCCUUUACUUGAUGUUUUAGCAAACAAGGUCAAGGCUGUGAGGAGGCUUAGGGAACUUUUGACCACAAAGCUGCCUCAAGGCACAUUUCCUGUUAAGUUGGCCAUUCCCAUCGUUCCUACUAUUCGGGUCCUCAUCACCUUCACAAAAUUUGAAGAGCUGCAACAAUCUGAUGAAUUUUCAACCCCACUCUCCAGCCCUACUUAUUUCCAGGAAAGCAAAGCUAAAGAAACAGAAGCAUCAGGUUCAUGGUAUUCAUGGAUGAGAGGUAGCCGAGGCGGGCAGUCCAGUGAUAGCAGUGAAGGACGAAGCUGCAAAGACGAGAUUGAUCCAUUUCGUAUACCUUCAGAUUAUACGUGGAUUGAUUCCAACGAAAAGAAGCGUCGGAUGAAAGCCAAGAAGGGCAAGAGCAAGCGAGGUACCAAUCGAAAGCAAUCCUCCAGAAGUUCGGAAGAUAAGCAACUGUUGGAUGGUUUCGAAUAGCAAAUGGACUUCUGUAUAUCGAGAGUUAGGCGAUUUAACACAGGACUGAUAUGUAUCCAGAGCUUCAUAUUCAUUUCUAUUUCGGCGAGAGGUAUAUGAUUCCCCUUGGUAACACCGCUUUUGUAGUUCCAGUUAUUUCUUGUGCUUGAUGGAAUGUUAGUAGCGACUAGCUGGCUUCCCAAUUUGAGGGUGUCUUCAGCAUUAUCUUGUGAAUGCGUUUCUGUCAUCAAAAAACAAAAAAAGAAUGCAAAUGUAAUGUACGACACGUUUUCCA